GAUAUGGUUGUCAAAUUUGAGGAAUUGUAAUUAAAAUAGGAAUUUUUAGUCUCUAAGAAACAUACUCCCAUAAUAUUACUAUAAAAUAAGUUAUUGAUAGUUUGUGUAUAAGCAAUUGGUUAAAAUUAUAAAAUAAUGUUUAGAAAUGUGUUGUCUAUGACUUGUAAAAAUUUUCAGAUAGUAGCUGUCAGACAUAAACAAAAAAAAUUUCCAAAAAUAGACAAGAAACUACAAGCUGCUGCUGAAUCUCUUGCAGCAAGAGGAUUUCUUCGUCCAAAUAAACCAUGGGAUCCACCAGCAAAUAUAGACAAAACUAUACUUAAAAUAUGUGCUGAUAAUGGAUUGAACACUAAAUCGGAGUUUGAUUCCCUUGAUGUUAAAUACACUGUCUUAAAGGCAUGUUUUGACGAAACAGGCCAUGGCAUUCCUAAUUCUAUGUUACAUACCAUUGAGACAGUCGAUGAUUUAAGAGAGUUUUAUGAGACACCGGUCGAUACAUCAACUCCGUUUGAUAGCUUGAAGAAAAUGGAAUUGCCAAAGAAUAUGCAUGUCCAAGAAAAUUAUGUUAGAUUCCAUCCCGAUAAUGAUUCUCUCUUCAAUGGAAAGUCGGUAUUUCCUAAGAGUUCUACAAUUGUAUCUGGCCUAAAAACAAGAAAGAAGUAUGAAGGCUACUCUGCUAAGAGAUCCUGGCCUUAAGAAGAAAAAUAAUAUAUUGAUUAUAGAUAGUAGUUUUUAUUAAUAAUAAAUAUAAUACAAAAGA